AUGGUCAAAAUACAGCUUCUUUACUCAUUGGCAGUUGCUGCCUCAGCUCUGGCCGCACCCUCAGGUAUCUUCAGCUCCCUCUUUUCAUCUCUCGAUAAGCGAGCUUGCACCAAUCCUUCAAACUUGCUCAAAAACGCUGGCUUCGAGUCAAAAUCCAUUAAACCAUGGGUCUAUGCUCCGUACUAUCCGAAGCUUACCAGUCAGAAGCUUGUGACCUCUGGCUACAAGAGCGGCCAGGCUCUCCAAAUCUCUGGUCUUGCUAAGACACAGAAUGACUAUGGCUUCAGCAGACUUGAACAGAACUUUACCAACUGCAAGUUCGGAAAGUACGAGCUUUCAUGGUCCAUGUACCUCCCCAAGGGUGCAGCUCAGGGCCUGGAUCCCCGUGUCCCUUCAAUGACUAUCUGGGUCUACGAUCGCGCGGGUGAUGGCCAAGUAGGAACACUCUCCUUUGGACCCAAUUCCUUCAACAGUUCACUAGGGUAUCCGGUGAAACAAGAGACGCACAAGGUGAAUCAGUGGGUUAACCUUUCGAUGAAACUGCCGUAUAACAUAAACGUUGGCAAAUACUAG